UGGGCGCGRCUAUCUCUGGGUGGCUAUGGCGUUGCAUGGGUAUAGACCCUGCUAYUGGUACCACCASAUUCGAUGGAAGCCUAUGUCCGGGGAGGGGCCCUGGAUCACGGCUAUACUCAAUUAUGAUGGGAGUGACGAGCUGAGACUGAGGAUCAAUGUGGAGGGAGGAAAAGAGGAGGAGAUGUGGACUGAUGGAAGGCUACAUGACGCUAUCACGGAGACGAAAGACCGUGUGGAGAGGCGCUGCAGAAGAGAUGGGGUGACGACGAAAAUGCAGGUAAUGGUCUCGUAUCAUGAGACCGAGACCUUGAUGGACACGGCGGACUGGGAACAGGCCCACCUGGAACGGGACUCAGGUGGGGAGAGUGAGAUGAGCGAGGCGGAGGAUCAGGAGACAGACCUCAGGUCCUGGAUCAGGCCAGGCGAGAUCCAGAAGCACCACAGAGCGGCAAACCCAGUGGAAAAGGGACACGAGGCCAGCUCUCAACGACUGACGCCAAGAGGCCGCGGGACGGGAGAAAAACAGAGCAAAGGGAAGAAACGGGUGUGAGACGAGCGGGUCGAUAUACGCGGGGCGAGAGGGUCAGAAAAAAAAGGAGGCUGAGGCAAGGACGUGUGACGCGUAAUACACUCAACAGG